ACUCCUACUUCUAACACUAGCAAUGGCUGCUUCUUUGUCCAUGGCCUUUGCCAGCUUGUCCUUUCUUUUGUUCCUCUUGGGCAGUUCCAUGGCCCAGCUCUCCACUAACUUCUACUCGCAAUCAUGUCCGUCUGUUUUCAGCACAGUGAAAUCCACCGUCCAAUCAGCAAUCUCGAAUGAGCGUCGGAUGGGCGCCUCCCUCCUGCGCAUGCACUUCCACGAUUGCUUUGUCAAUGGUUGUGAUGGGUCGAUUCUCCUUGAUGACACGUCGAGCUUCACCGGGGAGAAGAAUGCCGCCCCGAAUCGGAAUUCAGUCCGGGGAUUCAAUGUGGUUGACAAUAUCAAAUCUGCCGUUGAGAGUAGGUGCCCGGGGGUGGUGUCAUGUGCCGACAUUCUGGCGAUUGCAGCACGGGAUUCUGUGGUCACACUAGGUGGGCCAUCUUGGAAUGUGAAGGUAGGAAGAAGGGAUGCAAGGACAGCCAGCCAGGCAGCUGCCAACAGCAACAUUCCCCCACCAACUUCUAACCUUAACAACCUCAUCUCUAGCUUCCAAGCUCAAGGUCUCUCUGCUAGGGAGAUGGUUGCUUUAUCUGGUUCACAUACCAUCGGGCAAGCACGGUGCACCAACUUCCGAGCCCGCAUAUACAACGAGACCAACAUCGACAGCUCAUUCGCUAGUUCACGACAGUCAAACUGCCCAAGGGCCACUGGCUCAGGCGACAACAACCUGGCGCCGCUUGAUCUCCAAACACCAACUGCCUUUGACAACAACUACUACAAGAACCUCAUCAACCAGCGCGGCCUACUCCACUCCGAUCAACAGCUAUUCAACGGUGUAUCUACCGACUCGCAGGUGAGAUCAUACAGUACCAACCCUAGCACAUUCAAUUCCGACUUCGCGGCGGCCAUGAUCAAGAUGGGCGACAUCAAGCCGCUCACAGGCUCCAAUGGAGAGGUCAGGAGGAACUGUAGGAGGGUGAAUUAAGAAAAGUUCCGUUCUCCGAUCACAAUAAAUCUUGUUCAUGUUUGGCUAAAAAAAAAAUCAGAUUGAGAUGUUUCUUGGUUAGUAUUAGCGUGUUUGGACAACGAUUAAGAUUCAAUUUGUGUGUUCUAUCAGCUGGGCUUGAUUAUUACGGAUUAAUCUUUCUUAGAUGAAUUUAGAAUGCUAAAUAGAAAAGUUUGGGUUUUUUCAA